AUGAAGAGGGAACGCGGCCACCAUUUUCCCCUGAAGAAGGGCAAUGGCGAUGAUGAUGAUGAUGAGGAGGAGGAGGAGGAGGAGGAGGAGGAGGAGGAGGAGGAGGAGGAGGAGGAGGAGGAGGAGGAGGAGGAGGAGGAGGAGGAGGAGGAGGAGGAGGAGGAGGAGGAGGAGGAGGACGCGGAAAAGCGAGGGACCCCGAUCAUGAGGGGAGAGACACCAUCACCACCUUUAUACCCCGAGGAGGGAAGGGGGGAGGGGGAUGAUCGCCACCUUAUGCCCUGA